AUGUCUUCUUCAACCAAGAACGUUGUGUCCGGCGAGCCCAAUAAAACCUCUGGCCAAUUCCACUCCGCGAAGGGCACCGUGGUCGAGACCGUCGGAAACCUCACGGGCGCCACGUCAUGGCAACAGUCCGGCAAGGAGGAACACGCAGCCGGCGAGGCCGAGUAUGAUGCGGCCCAAGUGAAAGGUUACGCUGAGGGCACUGUCGACCGAGUAACAGGCAAGAAAGACGCAGUAGUCGGUGCUGUUACUGGCGAUAGAAAGCAGCAGAUUGAAGGAAAUUUGCGACAAGAUAAGGGCGAAGCCCAGCAAGAGGUCAACAAGAAGGUUUAA